GAUAACAAAAUGUUAUACAAUUAAUUGCUGAAGGUAAAUAGACUGCCCACUCCAUAUGAGCUGGCAGUGAAAACUUUCAUGUUAUCUGGAAAAGGAUUAAAAGAUAUUCAGCCGUGUUUAACGUUAUUUAUUUUCCCGCACAAAACUGCACAAUAUAAAAGGAGAGAAAACAAUACGUUGUUCCAUCUUUUGCCAAGCCUAAAGUAGCGCGAUGGAAGAAUCAGAAACAAACAAUGUCCUCGUGUUCUACGUCAACGGUUCUAAGAUCACGGAACCAAACCCAGAUCCUGAGAUGACCUUACUGACCUACGUUCGGACUCGGCUUCGCCUGACAGGAAGCAAACUCGGCUGUGGCGAGGGGGGAUGCGGUGCGUGCACAGUCAUGGUGUCAAAGUACCUUCCAGGACAGGACACGGUCGCUCACUUCAGCGUGAACGCCUGCCUGGCCCCUGUGUGCUCAAUGCACGGGCUGGCCGUGACAACAGUGGAGGGGAUUGGCAGCCUCACUAAUAUCCACCCAGUUCAGGAAAGAAUUGCCAAGUACCACGGCUCACAAUGUGGUUUCUGCACCCCUGGUAUAGUGAUGUCUAUGUACACACUGCUGAGAAUCAACCAGAAACCCUCAGUGCGGGAGAUGGAGGAGUACUUUGACGGAAACCUUUGCCGCUGUACUGGAUACCGACCGAUCCUCGAUGGUUUUCGGACUUUCACCAAGGAAUUUCAGUGUCCGAUGGGAGAGUCUUGUUGUCGUAACGGGACUGACUCCGGGGCGGACGAUGGCCAGGGUCUUGCUCCACGGAUCGCCGACUUAAAGCCCUUCAAUCCAGACCAAGAACCUAUCUUUCCACCGGACCUGAAGGUGAAUCACAAUACGUACAAGGGUAAUACCUUUGUGUUCAAGGGAGACAGAGCCUCGUGGAUUCAACCACGCACCCUACAGGAACUCACAGAACUGAAAGCUCAACAUCCAGAUGCGAAGCUCGUCAUUGGAAACACAGAAAUUGGGGUCGAAACGAAAUUCAAGAACAUGAAGUACAAGACCCUCUUGUGUCCCACGAAUGUCCCGGAGCUGUCCAGUGUCAGCGUAAGUGACACCGGUAUAACGGUCGGAGGGACUGUCACACUCACACAACUGAAAGAGGAACUUCAGCGACUAGUGGCCACCUUACCUGAAUACAAAACUAGGACAUUUGUUGCCGUUAUUGAGAUGCUCAAGUGGUUUGCAAGUCACCAGAUCAGAAAUGUUGCUUCCGUGUGUGGAAACAUCAUGACGGCCAGUCCUAUCUCUGACCUCAACCCGCUUUUCCUGGCGGCCGGUGUCACUCUCUCACUCCUCUCCAAAGAGAGAGGAUCGCGCACUGUAGCAAUGGACAACAACUUUUUCCAAGGUUACCGUAAGACGGCCGUGGCAAGUGAUGAGAUCCUCGUGUCCAUCACGAUUCCAUUCACCAACGAGCGUGAGUACUUCGCUGGUUACAAGCAGGCAAACAGAAAGGAAGACGACAUCUCUCUGGUGAAUGCAGGGAUGAGGGUAGUUCUGUCCGCGGACAACACGAUAACCUCAGCCACUCUAGCGUUCGGGGGCAUGGGAGUCACAACGCUGCUGGCAGAGGAAACUAUGGCUGGGCUACUGGGCAAGGAGUGGAACGAAGGCCUCAUUGCAGAGACAAACGAACUACUCGCGAGGGACCUUCCAUUAGCCCCUGGGUCACCGGGCGGUGUGGUCGAAUACAGACGUUCUCUAGCGCUGAGCUUCUUCUUCAAGUUCUUCAUCAAAGUCAGGCAGCAGGUCACUGGAAGUGUGCUUGCAUCGGAACUGAGCGCGAUAGAGGAGCUGGAGCAUCCCACUAGCCAGUCCAUGCAGAUCUACGGAGGCACGGACAUUCGGGAGUCAGGGCUUGAGUGCGUGGGGCGACCAUUGCACCACAGGUCUGCACUUCAGCAGAGCACAGGCCAAGCUCUGUUCGUGGACGACUUGCCGCCGGCAGCUGAUGAGCUGCACAUGUACCUGGUGACCAGCACCAGAGCCCACGCCAAGAUCCUGUCAGUUGAUCCGUCAGCCGCCCUGCGUUCCCCUGGAGUGGUAGACUACAUCGGUGCUGCAGACGUCCCCGGGGAGAACAAGCUGAGCUAUGUCAUGGACCAUGUGUUUGCUCAAGACAAGGUGACCAGUCACGGGCAAGUCAUCGGGGCUGUGGUGGCGGACACACAGGAGAGAGCGCGGGAAGCCGCCAGACUGGUCAAUGUAGAGUACGAGGAUCUGGAGGCAAUUGUCACCAUACGUGAUGGAGAGGGCAAUGUUGGAGAUCAACAUCAAGUACAGAAUGCCGAACAUGAAGGUGGUGGGCCGCUGCUGCAAGACGAACAUCACCUCCAACACCGCUUUCAGGGGCUUCGGCGCGCCUCAGGCAACUUACAUUGUUGAGUGUAUCGUGGACGACGUUGCUGCUUUCUUAAAACUGGAGCCCAAAAAGGUCCAAGAGCGGAACUUCUACAAGGCUGGGGAGGUGACGCACUACCGCACAGACGCGGGCGGAGACAGUCUCAGGCGCUGCUGGGACAUGUGCAUAGACAAAAGCCAGUACGUGAGACGGCGGCAAGAUGUGGACAAAUACAACAGAGAAAACCAAUGGAAGAAAAAAGGAAUUGCGCUUUUCCCACUUACGUUUGGCAUUUCCUUUUUGCAGAAGUUUUUAAACCAGGUCGCUAGCGAGGUUCUGAACCUGCCCCACUCCCGCAUACACAUCAACGAGAGCUCCACAGCCACCGUGCCAAACACGAGCCCCACAGCAGCAAGUGUGAGCACAGAUCUUAACGGCAUGGCCGUGCAGGAUGCCUGUGAAAAGCUCAAAGCCCGGUUGGCCCCAUUCGUGAAGAAAAGGCCAAAUGGUUCAUGGGAAGAGUGGAUCACAGAUGCCUACAUGGACUGCACGAGCCUGUCUGCAACUGGCUUUUAUACAACCCCAGGCAUUGGAUACGACAUAGACACCAACGAAGGCAAGCCUUUCCACUACAACACAUUCGGCACGGCGUGCACGGAAGUGCAAAUUGAUUGUUUGACCGGCGAUCACAAGGUCCUCCGCACAGACAUCGUGAUGGACAUUGGCCGCAGCAUCAACCCUGCCAUAGACGUGGGUCAGAUAGAAGGAGCUUUUGUACAGGGUUAUGGGCUGUUCAUGUUGGAAGAGAUCAAAGUGACUCCAGGGGGUGUUCACCUGACCAGGGGCCCGGGGAACUACAAGAUCCCUGCCUUUGGAGACAUCCCGGGACAGUUCAAUGUCUACCUUGUACCUGACAGCCCUAACACGAACACAGUGUUUUCUUCGAGGGGUUUGAACGAACCUCCCCUACUUCUGGCUAUGUCCGCGUUCCUUGCUGUCAAGGACGCCAUCAGAGCAGCCAGGAAAGAUAACUCUGCCGACUCCAAAUUUCAGCUCUUCAGCCCAGCUAUGCCUGCUCGCAUACGCAUGGCUUGCAAAGAUGUUAUCAGCAGUCAGUUCCCCGAGCCGGAGGCCGACAGUUACAAGCCGUGGUUCGUUAACUUGUGAGGGGACACAUUCACACGCAGAACUGACCCCUAGGGCACCCUCCAGGAGCGGAACAAGAAAAUAAAGAUCGCGUGAUCACCUUAGGGAGUUUAAUUUGCAACAGUUUACUCCACAAAGGGAGGGCUAUCCGGGAAGGUGUGGAACAAUUACGUCAUAAGGUGGGCGAGGGAUGCCACAAGAAGCAUAAUAAUAUUUCAUCUUUACUUGUUACUGCAACCAAUGAUUCUGUACUGUUUUGAUUUGGUUUUCAUUCUUUAACAUUUUACUGCUCGCCAAUUCGUCUAAAAAGAUAGAUUUAACAGGUUUAUAAAAAGAGGUGUUUUGGUUGUUUAAAAAAAAAGUUUGCCUGUUCAACGGAAUGUAAACUUUACGAAGUGAAGCUUAAUGUUGCUUGUACUGGAAUGUGUUUUCAAUUUAAAUGCAUUUCUAACCCAAAGAUCACCCUGACUUGUGUAGAGAGUUGAGGAAGCUAUCGCCAUUACAUUGAAUGAAGGAUAAGCUCAGCUUCUGUAUUCUCUUGAUUCAAAUUUCAAAGACGUCAAUAGUUGCGCCCAAAAAGCGGCUGGUGAACUGAGAACUUUCUUUUUUUUUUACUUAAGGUAACGUGUCACAUUUCCUUUGUUGGGCAUUCGUCGAAAACACAUGACGCCUGGGCAUUAGCCACUAUCAAGCAGCAAACAGUUUUCCGUCUGCGUUGAGGUCUUUGGGCUGUCCCAUUAAUUGUAACUGACUACAUCAGAAAAUGUAUUUGUCUUGCUUUUGGCUUUUAAACUACCCUUGUAUUAUAAAUCGUUACUGUUUUUAAAUACGAGGGGAAAAUAGAUUUUCAGUCUUCUGUAUCUCUGCGAAUUCGUUUCCUUGUCAUUUAAGUAACCAGUGACACCCAGAGUAAGUUAGAUCAUCAAGUACCGUUAAUUUUACCAGCAUCAAAAAGACGAGGAAUUCCCUUCCAAUAACUGGUCCUACAUGGAUGACUUUGCCUACCUUGGAUCAUUUAUGCUGCUGUGAGCAGCUACAAGAUCCCAUGAAAGUGGCUGUCUCCGAAAUGGCCCAUAUUACUUUCAUUUUCAACUCCGGCGGAUCAACAAUGUACUCAGAUUUAUAUAAAAAUCAGUUUGGUUACUAUGUACAACAAUGAGUUGUUUCUGACGAAUUUAACCUUUCUCGAGAAUAUAUGUGAGGCAGCGUGGAGGAAUCAGGCUCUCGUCAAAAUAUUCAAAGUGAAGAAACUUGCAUUUUUCCG